CAAAUUCUGUAAGCCCCUAAGUCCCCUAAGGCCUAAACAGUAAACGUUGUGAUUUUUGUUGAUGCUAGAUAUAAAUUGAUGGAUUGGAAAAUUCCAGUAUAUAUAUUAUUAUUAGAAGAUGGUAAUGGGCAAAGUGAGGUAGGAGGCAUUGGAUUACUUGUAAAUGAAAAACGUGAUAUACUUCUAUGGUUUUUUCAAACCUUCAAGCGCUUAAACUCAGUCAGCACUUUAAUUUGUUUGUUUGUCAGCGAUAAAGAGAUGAAAGAACGGUCAGUUAUACGAGAAGUAUUCCCAGAUGCUUCUUUAGAAAUAUGUUUAAUUCAUAGUUUAAAAACCUUCAAUAGAGAAUUGACCUGUGGAAAACGUGGAAUAACACUCCAAGUAAGAGAUCAAGUCAAAAAUAUUUUUGAAAAAUUAUGCUAUUCAAAAAAAUAAAGAAGAAUAUUCCUGUUUGUAUAAACAUCUACAAGAAGUUGCUCCUAAUUCAGUUUUAGAGUAUUUUAAUAAUAAUUGGUAUGAUUUAAUGGGUAACAGGUUUAACUAGCAGUAAUGGGAACUUUAUGAAUUUAACAAACAAUAGAUUAUAAAAUUUUAACGAUAAAUUAAAGUGUAAUUCCUAUUUUUUCAAAUUUGGAAACAUUUGUGGAAAAAUUAUUUGUUAUUAGAUGUUUAAGAUUAGAAAGGGAUAAAAAUGCACUGAAAAUGGUCCAAAAACAACCAACUACUAGUAUACAAAAUCCAGAAUUAGUUAAAUAUUUUAAUCUUUUAACACUAUGCAUUUGAAUUUCUUAAAAAACAAUUUCAAAGUAAAAUAUCCUUUAAUCAAAAUACAACCGAAAAAACAUGUAAUUGUCAGUUUUUUAUGGCAAUGAGAUUACCAUGCUGUCAUAUAUUUGAAUAUCGACAAAAAUCAAGUUUUCCUCUGUAUGAUUCAACGCUAUGUGAUAAACAAUGGUUAAGAGAAUUCUACUACAAAUCACAAAAAGCUUUAAAAACAGCCAUAGACAAUUCUGAAUGUAAUGAACAAGAUUAUGUGGAAAUAAAUGUUGAACCUCAUAUGGAACAGAUUAAAUCAAAAUAACCAAAAAGUAGUCAUGAGAAAUUUCGAAAGGCAUAGAGAUUUAGUUAGUAACUUUGUGUUACUAAAAUUGCUGAGCUUAUUUCAUAUACAUCCCAUGUCCAUUUUGAUAGAAAACUUGAGCAACUCAAUUUACUGUUAAGAAGCUGGAGUGAUGGAAAAGAGAUUUAAAUUACAGUUAUUGAUGGCAAAAAUGAAAAAAUGGAAGAACCAAUGGACAUAUACAAUAUUAAUGAUUAUGAUACCAAUGUGUGCAAUGAUAAUAUGUUAAAUAAUUAUUUAAAUGGUGAUUUUAUGGACACAAGUUAUAGGAAACAAAAUGUCAACACCACUCAACAUGAUCAUAACUAUUUUAUUAUUGCUGGAGGAUUAAUGAAUGUGAAAUAUGGUGUUGUCAACAGAUCUAUCUUUAAUGAUGCCUCAACUGAUCUAUUAGAUAAGGAUUUAUCAUUACCUACUUUUGAUCAACCUGAGAAAACAUCAAUUACAAUAACCAAUGUACCGGAAUCAGAUUCUACAAAUCAUUCAAUUGCUGUUCGUGAUAUAAAAUUACCAACUAAAAUUAAAACCUGUGGUUGACCCAAAGGAGCUAUAUUGACAACUCUUGGAUUACCAAAAAAAAAAAGGAUUACGCAAACCAGUUGGUUUUAGACUCAAACAUUAUCUAGAGCAAUAAAUUAUAAUUAUUCAGUGGUUAACAAAUAAUUCUAUUGCCCAAAAUGUCAGAAAACAAAAUUAUAUUAUACAAAGAGAAGACAUAAAAACUCACGUUGAACUCAUUCAUAUGGGAAUAGUUGAACCAGAAGUUAAUAUCAAUUUAAUUAAACCAUUGUGUAGUGCUUGGGAUUUACUCAGACAUAAUUGAAUUAAAAAAGGAAAUUAAUGUCUGGGUGUGCCCUACUUGUCAAAGUGAAAAAAAUGAUGAAGAUUCCAUUUUAUGUAAUUCCUGUUUAACGCUGUACCAUAAACAAUGUGUUAACGUAACAUCCAAAAAGAAAAAUCAAAUUUUUGGUUCUUAAGUUGUUAUAAUAAAUUUAACUAACUGACUACAUUAAUUUCAAUAUAAUUAUAUUUAUCAUAAAGAAUUGAAUCCAAUGCCUUCAUUAUUUAUAUAAUUACACAAUACCA